UUUGACGUCAUCGGCAGUCGAUGGACCCCGAGCCGAUCUUGCACCCGAGCAGACUGCGGGAAGGUACCGUAUGCAUACCGCCAAUAAACAAGCAAAAGUGAUUCCGAACUUAAGCGGAACCACUCGCUCUCGUCGGUGUUUCACCUCGGAUUUCCAGUGCAGUGGAACUGUCCCGGUACCGUUCGGUCAAGGGAGAGCGAUGUCAGGAGGAGCAGACGAGGACCUGUUUGACAACAUUUUGUUAGCGGAUGAAAGGUUCCGAGGUGAGGGCUUUCGGGACGGGUUUGAGAGGGGAACCCGUCGGGGGCUGCAGGAUGGCCGCAGACAUGGAACCUCUCAUGGAGCCAGGCUUUCCUCAGAGAUUAGCUUCUAUCAUGGUUUUGCCAUCACAUGGAAGUGUCUGCUACACCACAACACCGACGAAAGGUCGAGGAAGCGAGUGAAGGCUCUGGAGUCUCUCCUGGCUGUGAUCCAAACCGUUCCUCUUGCUGAUCCUCAGUCUGUGGAGCUCCAGGAUGGCACAGAGAAGCUCCGCUCCAAGUUCCGACAGGUCUGCUCCCUCCUGAAUGUCCCCAUGGACUUUAAGGAACACUUCAGAAGUGCUGAAGAUAUGUCGUUUUGAGUCUGAAGAGCGAGUCUACGGGGGUUUUGGUAAACUGGUAUUUGUUAAUGAUAUCAGGUUCUAAUGAACAUGUGGGAGUGAUUGGAGGCAGACCGGAGACUCCACAGACCUGACACACCAUAGGUCUGUGGUGGGGCAGCGUUAAACUUCCAUCCUUGUGGUUCUGCUGUGGAGAAGCUAAAGAACCAGACUGAUGGAACUAGAUGUUCUGUAACUCCUGUGGUGUUGGUGUCCGGGAGAAAAUAAUAUGAUAUAAUAAAAGUCUUGAAUAAAACCAA